GGUGCCAUUGGGUAUUCAUCACAACAUGUUCUCUACGCUGCUGAGCGUGACCGCUGGGGCAAAAUCGCAUAUGCUUCAUCUCUAGCAGAGACAAUUUUGCUUAAAAUUACUGCGGUUCAUGAAGGUGCUGGAACUCGCAAAAAAGGCGGAGUCACUAUUGGAAAUAUAUGUGAGGGUAAGAAGGACAUCGACGCUCAAAUCGAUGCGCCUAGGCUCGUUGAGCUAGCAUUGGAGACCAUUGUCCCAAAGUUACGCAAAUUCGGUGGAGAAUUUAUCUGGCGUGUCGAGGAGUUCAUCAUCCGAGAUGCUGCAUGGGUGGAUCUAUCCGAUCACCCGCGAUCUGUCCCUUAUUUCUACGAUCAAUGCCUGCAGCCGUCUCGCAAAGGCACCAAAUCAACUUUCAAGUUCAAUGGAACGAAUAUGAAAAUUGGUUGGAACUUCGUGCCGAAAUGGUACGCAUUUUGGAUGUUGUCUUGUCUGAUUACCAACACUAACCAUGAUUUUGCGGUCCAGGAAGCGGAAGCUACCCGAACAAGCUGUACGCAGUCUAGCGAACACGCCACUGCGCACACGACUGCUCACAAAGCCGUCAGUUGCAAUGUUCCCUCAUCAGCAACGACUUCGCUAGCCGAGAAUGAGCUUUUCUUGCCCUCGGUGACCACCGGUGACAAUUCUACGACAGUCUCUACCAAGAGAACCCACCAGCGUGCUGAAAGCUCUAGCGGUCUCAGUGGUGCUUCCUCUCCACCUCGAAAGAAGAAUGUACCUCCUGCAGCUCUCUGUUCACCCGAUCGGGAUCGACUCAAAGAAGUCUUGAAGAUCGGAGGAAGUGCCAACUUAAAUGUAAAGAAAGUUUUUGGACUACAGAACGAAAACGUUCAAUUCCACCACAUCCCUACCUGUGCCAUUACCGAUCUCUUGCGAAACGCACAGUAUCAUUCGUUUUUGGUGGACACAGCCGAGUCGUCCAUUGGACAGCUGACUAUUGAUACGUCGACGGAAGGCUUCAUUGGAAUUGGUGGCUUCAAGACUGCGCAUGCCGGAUGGCUUACACUCACAGCUUCUCCCAGGACCGGUCUCGGAUCAGUCCCUCAUCAUAAGGUUGUGGUCAAACGUCCAUUCUAUAAAGUAUUUCCAACUGCCGUGAAGGCUGGACAUUAUAAAGUCGGCCGGUAUGCACUCGCUGACGAGCUACCCAAGUUAUUCAGGGAAGCCAAUGUCUUAUAUUGGUCCAAAUCUUUAUUACAGCUCACGUACGACUUUAUUGAUCGUUCGAUCGCAUCUUCACCCGAACCCCCGCCAUUCGUGGUCCCACGUGUUCGAUUUGUGGAAGCUGGCCUCGCAUUGUGCUACAGUCAGGGUGGUAGCAAGUCUGGAGCGAAGACGGGGUCAAUGCGAGCUGCCUUCCUCCUCGAAGAGCUCAUUGAGGGUGGUGAUGAUACAUUUCUCAAAUUCAUCCACAAUAUGGAUGCCAAUCCAUUGCUCGAUGAAUUGGACUAUGGCUACGACAUGGCAGAAUUUUUUGCUUUCACACAGCACGUCCAGUAUGUCAAGACCGGCCAACUCGCAUUCAUAUCUGACUAUCAGGGUACUACAGUACUACUCACGGAUCCUCAAAUCAUGACCGAUCUGUCGGUCAGCAAUGGGAGUGAUAUUUUCGGCGAUGGAAAUAUCGAGGCGUCCGUCAGCAAUUUUGAAACCCAGCAUGCCUGCAAUGAGUAUUGUGAAUGGCCUGGUUUUGGGCUGAAAGCAUUUGUAAAGGAAGUGAAUGACGAGAAUGACGAGAAUGACGAGAAUGACAAGGAAGUGAACGAUGAUGAA